AUGGCAGGCUGCAAGGUACUCUUCCUCCUGGCUUUAGCUCUCGCCGUUACUUAUGUCUCAUCUGCUCGGCUUCUUGUUGAAGAAGAAGAUACUGGGUUAGUCCCUUUGCCUACCACAAGUCCUGGUCUUUUACCAACGGCUGGUUCAGGCACCUUCCCCACUGCUAGUUCAGGUCCUGCAACUGGUAUCACUUCAGGUACAGGUAUAGCCUCAGGCGGUUCAGGUUCCUUGACUACUAUUACAGGCUCCGGACCUCUACCAACCACUGGUUCUAGUCCUUUACCGCUUGCUACUAUUCCGGGUCCCGGUCCCCUACCAACCACAGGUUCUGGUCCCUUUCCGCUCGCUAGUUCGGGUCCUUUGCCUGCUGCUGGUUCAGGGCCUUUGCCUACUGUUGGUUCAGGUGCCACAGCCACCGGUCUGGGCGCAGGUGCAGGGUCAGCGAUUGGUGGUUCAGCUCCUGAUCACACCGUGAUUUUUUUCAUGCAUGAUAUAUUAGGUGGCUCAAAUCCGACAGCCAGGGCUGUGACUGGGGUCGUUGCAAACGCAGCUCUCAGUGGCCAACUUCCAUUCGCCAAGCCCAAUGGCGCAAACCUCCCUGUCAGUAACGGCGUUCCAACGAACAGUAACAACAACGGAAUCCUCAACAACAACAACGUUCCACUUCUCGUCGGGCUAGGCGGAACCACGUCCAACAUUCUUCAGAACAACGGAAACAACCUCUUGAAUGGUCUCCCCGUGGCUAAUGGUGGUCAACUCCCAUCGGGUUCGUCUCUGCAGAUGCUCAUGUUCGGGACAAUGACGGUGAUGGACAACGAGCUAACGGAAGGGCAUGAACUCGGGUCCGGUCUGCUUGGUAAAGCCCAGGGCUUUUACGUGGCAAGCGCGGUGGAUGGAACCAGCCAGACUAUGGCUUUCACGGCUAUGUUUGAGAGUGGUGGUUAUGAAGAUAGCAUCAGUUUCUUCGGUGUACAUAGAACGGCUGCAUCGGAAUCUCAUCUUGGGGUCAUGGGUGGUACAGGGAAGUAUGUGAACGCGAGAGGAUACGCCAUUGUCAAGACUUUUACAGGUGGCACCGGGAACCAGCAGCAGCCGCACCAGUUCACAGAUGGUCUCGAGACUGUUCUGCAGUGCACCGUUUAUCUUACUUAUUAG